GAUCGCUGUUUCGGCCCAUCGCCCAGUCUGAAAUCCACGACAGCACCCCCAUCGCACACAUCCAGUGGUGCGCUUUAGAGAAAAAAAUAUGGCGGAUGGGUACUGAACCCACAUCAGAAAAAACACACACACAAAAGCCUAGACGGCGCAGGACUGUGUUGCUGAGGACUUGGUCAGUAUUACUGGAGUAUGAGGAAACCGGGCCCACAGAAAGCGACUGAGUGGAAGGAUGGCAGAAGGAUCAGACAUGCCCGAAGCGGUCGGCCCUCACGGGUCCCAGCCCAGUACCAAGGGCACUUCAGCUGGGAUAAGUACCUGAAGGAGACAGGUGCCAUCGCUGCCCCCGCCCACUGUUUCAGGCAGAGUGCCACGCCCCCCGCUAACGAGUUCAAGGCGGGGAUGAAGCUGGAGGCGCAGGACCCGCGGAACACCACCUCCACCUGCAUCGCCACGGUGGUGGGGCUGACCGGCUCCCGGCUGAGGCUCCGCCUCGACGGCAGCGACAACAAGAACGACUUCUGGCGCCUGGUCGACUCGUCCGAGAUCCAGCCAAUCGGGAACUGCGAGAAGAACGGGGGCAUGCUGCAGCCGCCGCUGGGUGAGCGGGGGGGGGGGGGUGGCCUUGGGGGAACCAAUCAGGAACUGUGA